GCCGGACUUCCGAGGGGACGGGCGGAGAAGGCAGCGGUCAUGGCUCGGGCGGCUCCUCCGGGCGCCUUGGAGCGCCUCCUGCAUUUACUCCGUCCUGCCUUUGCCCCCAAAGUGUGGGUCUGUGUCUUCCAGGUCCAGGAUGAAUAAGAAACAGACAAAGCCACCGACCCCAGCGGCCCCAAAGAGAACUGGCAGUGCAUCCAGAGGUUUUGUGACCAGGUCAACAGUGCAGAGGCCGACGGGUGAGAGGAAGGCAGCUGUGGAUGGUGGGAGAGGAAACGCCAAGUGGAUGCCCCUCCACAGCUCUCCGGUUGCUGGAGCAUAAGAUCCAGUCGCCGCAGGAGGCCGAAGCGCUCCAAGCCCUGACCGUCCUGGAGAUGUGUGUGAACAACUGCGGUGAGAACUUCCAUCACGAAAUGGGGAAGUUCCGCUUUUUGAACGGUUUGAUCAAAGUCCUUUCCCCGAAGUACCUGGGUGAGUGGUCCACAGAGAGAGUCAAGUCUCGCAUCAUGGAGAUCCUCUUCAGUUGGACUGUGUGGUUUCCUCAGGAAGUGAAAAUCCGGGACGCUUAUCAGAUGCUGAAGAAACAAGGAAUCAUAAAGCAAGACCCCAAAUUACCAGAGGACAAAAUCCUGCCUCCUCCUUCCCUAAGGCCAACUGGGUCUAUUUUUGAUGCUGAUAAUGAGAAAUCCCAGCUUUUAGCCAGGCUCUUGAAAAGCAAAAAGCCUGACGAUUUGCAGGUGGCCAACAGGCUGAUCAAAGGGCUGAUCAAAGAGGAGCAGGAGAAGUCCGCCAAAGUGUCCAGGCGCAUGAGUGCCAUCAAGGAGGCCCACAGCAGUGCCAUGGCCCUGGAGGAGAUACUGAGCAGAUUCAGGGCAAAGGAGGGAGACUCCUGCCCCAAACCAGCCCUGGAGGCUCUGCAGGAUAUGCGUGCCAAGUGCGAGAAGCUGAAGCCCCUGAUGUUCCGAGUGGCAAGCGAGACUGUGGAGGAUGAAGAGGCUUUGGCUGAGAUUCUCCGUGCAAACGACCUACUCCUUCAAGGACUCACUUUGUAUGAGCAGGUUGUGGGCCCGACCUCUGCUGAGGCUGCAGCUGCGCCUCCGGACAGCAGAAAGAGCCUCCCAUUAAUUGAUUUCUCUGAACUGGAUCCUUCAUCCCAAAUUCCCACACCAGCAGCAUUGCAGGGGAACCCAGACUCCUCUGGUGACCGUGUCCCAUCCUCCCCAUCUGCCCAUUCACUGGAUGAGGAGCUGAUGUCAGACCUUCCCAACAGCCCUGUGGCCAGCAGGGCCUCCAAAGCACCACCAUCCCAGCCACCCUGCAGCAGUUCCUUGGCUGCGCUUUUCAUCCCGCUGGAUUCAAUUACUCUGAGCGUCAUUCCACCCGUCACCGUCUUCGAGUGGGGCGGCCUGAAGGCCAUGCUCCACUUCUCCCAGGACCGUGUUCCUAGUCACCCGGCCAUCAAGGUGCUGGUGCUCUCCCUGCUUAGCAUGUCUCCUCACCCUGUCCUGGGCAUCCUCUUCCAGGCUGCUGUGCCCAAGUCUAUGGCCAUCAAGCUUCAGCCGGCCACAGGUUCAGAGCUUCCAGCCUUCAACCCUCUUCUGCCCCCAGCAGUGAUCUUCCAAGUCUUGCUGCUGAACAACCCUCAAAAGGCUCCUUUGCGGCUGAGAUACAGGCUCCUAUUCACUCAGAAUGGACAGACCCACGACGAACUCGGGGAGGUGACCAGUUUCCCCCAUGAAGACCUCUGGCCUUUGAGCUGAAGGGGGCAGUCGGUGGCUGCUUGCCUGGAUGCCCACGAACAUCGCCUUGGAUUGGGCUUGGCCUCCCCUGUGGACUUUGUUCCCAGAUGUUCACUCCAGUGUUUUUGACUAUGGCUGUGCCUUCUUUCUGUAAAGCAAUCGGUGCAUUUUGAUAAAAACAUAACCUUAUCUAAA